AUGUCUCUGAGGUCGGAGUCGGAGUGCGCGCGCAGCGUGGCGCCGCACGUGCGCGUGCUGCGGCGCGUGGGCUUCCUGCGCGGCGCGGCGCUGAGCUCGCGGGGGCGCGCGCGGCGCCUGGCGCUGCGCGGCUACCACGCGCUGGCGCUCGCCGCCACCUCCCUCUACGUGCUGCAGCAGGCAGUAUACGCGUACCAGGAGAGGGGCGACAUGGACAAACUGUCUCAAGUGAUGUUCCUGAUGCUGUGCCACAUGACGUGCGUCGUGAAGCAGAUCGCGUUCCACGUGGACGCAGACCGCAUCGACCGACUGAUCGCGUCGCUAGACGAGCCGCUGCUGAACCAGUGCGCAGGCGAGCGCGGCGCGCUGCUGCGAGGCACGGCGCGCGGCGCGGCGCGGCUGCUGCGCACGUACGCGGGCUGCGCGGUCGCUACUUGCGUGCUGUGGAUCGUCUUCCCCGUCAUCAAUAGAAUCCAAGGAAUCUCAUUCGAAUUCCCAUUUUGGACUGGCUUUAGUUACGACCACAACGCUGUGUUUACCUUGGUGCUGCUCCAAUCGUUCUACUGCACUAACUUGGUAGCCAUCGGCAACACGUCGAUGGAUGCAUUCAUGGCCACGAUUCUCGAUCAAUGUAAAACUCAACUGAGAAUACUGCGAAUAAAUUUUGAGUCGUUGCCUGAGAGAGCUAGAGCCUUGCAUGUGGAAUCCGGAGAAAAUUAUGACACGAUACUUGACAAAUUAUUCGUUGACUGCUUGGUGCACUACAACAAGAUAACCGAGAUGUGCACGGAGCUACACGACGUGUUCGCUGUGCCGCUGCUCGUACAGUUCGGCGUGGGGGGCUGGAUUCUGUGCAUGGCCGCUUACAAGAUAGUCAGCCUCGACGUGCUCAGCAUCGAAUUUGCGUCCAUAACAUUAUUCAUCACAUGUAUUCUUAUAGAGCUCUUCAUAUUCUGCUAUUACGGGAAUGAAGUCACAGUGGAGAGCGAGCGCGUGUCGCAGUCGCUGUACAGCAUGGAGUGGCGACGCGCGCGGCUGACGUUCCGGCGCUCGCUGGUGCUGGUGAUGGAGCGCGCCAAGCGGCCGCUGCGCCCCGCCGCCGGCCGCGUCAUCCCGCUCUCGCUCGACACCUUCGUCAAGAUUUUGAAAUCAUCGUACAGUUUUUAUGCAGUCCUUAGACAAACUAAGUAA